GCGCGCAGGCCAUGUGCCCUUCGUCCUCAUCUGCCCGCUAUUACACGCGGGUAUCCCGACGAGGUAGGAUGGAGAUGAACGGGACCGCCAUCGCUCUGGCGGCGGGAAACAACGCUGCAUAUCCGCGUUGGUCGGUCUCGCCGUCGAGCGCCGCUGAUGGCUUGCCUACUUGUUUCUCGUGGACGUCACCCCAGUCGCACAGAGCAGGCGCGCAAGCGGCUUCGGGUUUCGGCAGCAAAAGCAGUGACUUUUAUGAUGGUCGCGAAAUGGGCGGUCGGGACGCCAUGGCAGCAUCGUCUCUCUUCUUGGUGAACCUCGUGCAUAACAUAGAGAGAAAAACCCGCGAACGUCGGUUGUCAGCCGCUCGAUCUUCUCUGCAGGAUGCUCAACAGCUGGUGCAAUCAGGAGCAGUGCAAUCUCAGUGGCCUGCUGCAGCUCGUCCUAUGCUGUCAGAAGGAGGUUGCCGACUUCUGGACGUGCGCCCUGCAUGGGAGUAUGAAAGGGCUCAUCUGAAGUCAUCCUUGCAUGUGCCUUUGUUCAUUGAAGACACAGACACCAGCCUGGUCGGCCUGCUGAAGUCAAGUAUUAACAUGGGAUAUGGUGGAGUCUGGAUGGGAACAAAGGUGGUGAAACGGAAUGAGAAUUUUGUUGACCAAGUGCAGCGACUGGCAGCAAACGAUGACAAGCUGAUUGUGGCUUGUGGUGAGGGUCUGAGGUCGCUGCUUGCCGUUGAGGAGCUGUACGAUGCAGGUUUUACGAACAUGGUAUGGUUAAGAGGAGGUUUCAAUUCUUCUAAACCAGAUGAUUUUCCUGACGUCGUAGGGGAUACCGAACUUAGAUUCGCCACUGUUGGUGGUGUAUCGAAGCUGUUCCUGAACCUUACGCUCUUCUUAAUGAAUGUUUACAAAAAACUAUCCCCUCCAGAGAGCUCCACUCUGUAGGGUGGUGUAGACAGACGGGCUUUUUUUUCUUCUUCAGUCGGUGGUGUAUCGAAGCUGUUCCGGAACGUCGCGCUCUUCUUAAUGAAUGUUUACAAAAACCUCUCCCCUCCCGAAAGCUCCACUCUGUAGGGCAGUGUAGGCAGGCUUUCUCUUUCUCAGGCGUGACUCGUCCUGUGAUAAACGGGGACUACCCGGUAGGCUACCGUAGUGGUGCGCACAAAAGGAGAGAUCUGUUCAAUGCUGCCGUCCUCGUAAGGAGAGCACUUGUACCAGGUUGUCUGCGGGUCUUCGUUGCUUGCUUGCUUGCUUUCAGUUGUGGUCUUCACGCGGGUGUUAAUUAUUUUUUACGUAAUAGUAUGUGUCCUCAUACAUAGUAUUAUGGACCAAAAGUGGACCAUGCUGGCACAGGGCACAGUCGAAAGGCGUUCCAAAUGUUUCCGAUUCGCCUUCCAGCAAAGGGCCUGCACCAGCAUACCAGUGCAGCUUCUUUCAGAGUGGUCCAUCUCCCUAUGUUUUUUGGUAUUGUUUUCCUAUUUAGACAAAUAAUUUAGGACUUUUUAAGUUUUUACUAAGUUCUUAGGCAUUGUAAAUUUCAUGUCUGCGGUAGAAUUUGAUCAAGUUCAAUGUCCAUGAAGGAAGCUCUCAGAUAUAGGAGUUGUCAUCAGAUAUAAGAGGUUUCGGAAUUUCUAUGGAAUUUCUAUGGAAUUUCUACCUCUUUAAAUUCUUAACCUGCAUGAUUGCGCCAGGGGCGUUGCCUUGAGUGUGUUUGGUUCAUUGAACAUCAUUCCCUUGGGCCACUGUUACGACGGUUAAAGGCCUCAUACCAGGGAUCAUAUUAUAUUAUAUUAUAUAAAUAAAUGCUGUUAAUAUUG